CAUAGCUGCUUCCCCUUCCCUGGCAGGCUUUUGGCUGGGGGUAGCUGUCCUUCCCACGGCGCUGACCCGGCAGCUCCCAGCACCAUGCCAGCGUUUCUGCACCGGCCAGGGCAGCUCCUGGCAGUGCUGGUGCUUGUGCUGCAGCCGUCUGGGAGUCUCGAGGUUCAGUGUCCCGUCCCAGAUAUCACGCACGGACAGCUGAAACCUGCACAGAAUUUCACCUACGGCAGCACAGCCACACUCAAGUGUGAUGCAGGCUAUGUCCCCGUCGGUGGCACCACGGCUGUGCGAUGCCUGAGCAGUGGCAGAUGGCAUCCACGGGUGCCCGCCUGCACCCUCGGUCACUGUCCCUACCCUCCGGCUGUUGACCACGCGGACCGAAACCCUCAGCGCGAGUUUCCAGUUGGAACAAUCGUGACCUACUUCUGCAGAUCCGGGUACACUUUGCUCCCCGAAGUAUCUCCGAUAACGACUUGUCUUAAAAAUUUCACGUGGUCCGUAAUCCCAAAGCUCUGCCAGAAGGUGCAGUGUCCCAGCCCGGCAAUCCAGCACGGGAGAGAGAUCACCCCCAGGAAAGCCGAAUACACCUUUGGGCACCAGGCAGAAUUUCAGUGCGAGCCUGGCUACGUGCUAAGGGGCAGCCAGAGGGUCCAGUGCUGGUCCGACGGGACGUGGAGACCGCCGGUGCCGUACUGCGACAGCGUUUGUGGUCCGCCUCCAAAAGUCACCAACGGGCAGCACUCGGGCUCGAGAAAGGAGCAGUUCCCCUACGGCUUAGAAGUCAAGUACAGCUGCGCGGAGGGUCUGUCCCUCAUCGGGGACGACUCCAUCUACUGCACCUCCGACGACGGGGUGACCCUGGCGUGGAGCGGACCUGCCCCGGAGUGCAGGGUGGUCCGGUGCCCCAAGCCCGCAGUCGAGAGGGGAAGGAUGACGCCGCAGAGGUUCACGUUUCCCUACGGGGCGGCCGUGCGGUUCUCCUGUGAUGAAGGCUUCAUGCUGCACGGUGAUGCUGAGAGCCGGUGCCUGGCCGACGGCGCCUGGCACCCCCCCCUGCCCACCUGCCAGCCAGUUCUGUGUCCACAACCACAAGUGGCUAAUGGAAAGCUGAAAAGCCCUUCGGAUACUAAAAUGUGGUACCAACCAAAUGCGACAGUUACUUUUGAAUGCCUUGAUGGGUACCACUUUUCAGACGAUGGAGACGUGUCUUUAGAUGGCUCCAGGACAGCCACAUGCUUGCCGGAUGGCAACUGGACACCGUUGCCCAAGUGUAAGAAAGAAGGUGAUGCUGAUGUGUGCGAAGAGAUUAACCAUAUUAAAACAGUCUUUGAAUGUGGUGUGCCUAUAGCAGAAGUGAAAACCCUGCUGGAAAUACAAAAACUCUUCCUGGAGAUUAAAAAGCUGAAGGUGGAACUAGAAGGCCUGGACGAGUGAGUCCUGUAACACACCGUAACGAUCACUUUUCCUUUGAUGAACAUGCAGUUUGUGUAGUUGCAAUAUCUAUAAGAAGGUUCUCGGUGAGUUUACGGUUCAUGCUUGCAUGCCUAUAGCCAGAGGAACAAUAACCAGUGUUUGGGAGAUUGCUUUUGCCGUGCUGGAUGCUAGAGCAUAGAGGGCUCUUUGCUCUUUUCCUUGAAUCUGACAAGCCUGAUUCGCUAUUUAACAAAUGUAUUGUUUCACAUUAUGUAUUAGGAAGCACAGUAAGAGAUUAAAUAGAGCUUCUCUGAGUCACUGCACAAACCAUGCUAAGCCGAGGGAAGGGGCACUGACGUCCGUACAAGUAAACUUCUAGCUGAGACACAUGUCCAGCGGUUCUGUCUGAAGGUGCUUUUGCUGUAAUCUUCCGGCAGGUGGUUUGCACACAUGCUGCACCCUCUGCCGGUACUGAACUCAGCCUGUCAUAGCAUUAGCAGAUUUUUUUCUAUCUAGAAAUAGUAGUGAAGUGAGCAUUUAGCUAUGGGAUUUCCUGUAAUCUAGCUCGUGAUUGCUCUUCAUCUGGUUAAGGGUGGUUACAUAGAAGAAGUGCAUUUGUAAAGGCUUCUAUUACCAUUUUUUUUUUUUUAAUCCCUGGAUUCAAAAGAGGCAACAGGUUUCUGGCUCAGCAAUCUCUCUUGGUGUCAUCUUCCACGUCCCUAUUUCUGGCAAGCAAAUGCUAAGAGUAGAUGUUGUAUGUUUAAGUGUACAGAAUCAGAGGGCAAAGAUUAUUCUUAUUGCUUAAUAAAUGAUGAUCAGUUUAUGUCACCCUGUGGUGCAGCCCUUCCCUGCAGGAUUACAAUAAAGAUGGAGGUAUAACCUGG